CCCCAAGCGAAAACCCCUAACAAGAAAAACAAAGGAAGGGUUUUUUGUGGGUUUUUGACUGUUUGGAAGUUCUUCAAGCUAUCAUCCAUGGCGUCCAUCAUCUCCAGAAACGUCAAUAAACUCCGCUUCCUCAAUAGCCGUCUCGCUCAAUGCCGAUCGCCGAUGCCUUCGCCACCUAUCCCCGACCGAACUCUUCCUCUUCUUCAAUCGGCUUUGCCUCUAGGAAUUGGAAUUCAGUCACUUGCAAUGUAUCAGAGAUGUCUGUUUAGUACUUCUACUGCUACUGUUAAUCCUGAAAAUCAAGGGGAUGCUAAUUCGGGCGAGGGGGAAAAGUCUGGGGAAUCAAAUAAGAGCAGUGAUGGUGGAAGAGCCGUUCGUGGAGGGCCCAUUUCGUGGUUGAGUUUUCUUUUGCUCGUUGCUACGGGAGCAGGAGUGCUUUUCUACUAUGACAGGGAGAAGAAACAACAUAUUGAAGAAAUUAACAAUGCUUCAAAGGCUGUGAAACAGGGACCUUCUGCUGGAAAAGCAGCGAUUGGAGGUCCAUUCAAUCUUAUCAACCAUGAUGGGAAGAAGGUAACUGAUAGAGACUUUUUGGGGAAAUGGACGUUGAUAUAUUUUGGUUUCACUCACUGCCCUGAUAUCUGUCCAGACGAGCUGCAGAAGUUAGCUACUGCAGUGGAUAAAAUAAAGGAAAAAGCAGGGAUUGAAAUUGUACCUGUUUUCAUCUCUGUUGAUCCAGAGAGAGAUACUGUUGAGCAAGUACGCGAAUAUGUCAAAGAGUUCCAUCCAAAGUUAAUUGGGUUAACUGGUACCUCGGAUGAGGUACGGAGUGUUGCUCGUGCAUAUCGAGUUUAUUAUAUGAAGACAGCAGAGGAAGAUUCUGAUUAUCUUGUCGAUCACUCUAUAGUCAUGUACUUGAUGAGCCCAAACAUGCAAUUUGUAAAAUUCUUUGGGAAAAACAAUGAUGUUGAUGCACUUGCAGAUGGCAUAGUGAAAGAGAUCAAGCAGUACAAGAAGCAGUAGUAUUAUCAUAUAUAUUCCCCCCUAAAAGCACUUUUGUAUGGUUAAUUUUUAAGCCUAUCUUCUUUCAGACACUACCUUUUUCAUUUUUUGAAUUCCUGGAGUGUUGCAGUUUCGAUAAUGAAUUUUGUGCCCAGAAGCCAGAAGGUAAUUGUCCUACUUGCGAUUGGAAAGUUUAGAUUGUUGUUACAUGAUUGCCAAGUUCAUUGUUGUAAGCCAAGGUGUUCUCUUGGUAGAUAAAUUUAAAGCUGAAUUAUUUUU